AUGGAUAUAUCUCUAAAAGAAAAUAGUUCUGGAAUUACAAAAAUUAAAAUGGAAAACAACAAAGAUGUGGCGGUAGCUAAACCAACAGCAACUGAAUUUUCUUUGUUUGAUAUUCUAAUUAGGCUUAUUGUUUCUAUUCUAGUUGGUAUUGUUGGCUAUCACUUGAGACGAUUUUUUCCAAUAACUCUUCGUGGAUUCUUUUGCCAGGAUUUUUCUAUUCGAUUUCCUUAUCGCGAUUCAACUGUUGAGACAAAUACUAUUUUUUAUGUUUCUAUUGCAAUUCUGGCUGUUUUGGUAUUUGUUGGCGAAUUUUUUAUUAAUAAGCCGAGGGAUCCGACCAAUCCUGAAUUUUGGAAUUUGGACGUUUUAUUGUGGAAAUUGUUACAAUUUGGAGGAUUUACAACUGUUUGGAUGUUAGGCGCCGGAAUCAAUUUUUUGUUAUUCAAUGUUAUUAAAAUUUCUGUUGGCCGUCUCCGUCCAAAUUUUAUUGCAAUGUGUCAGCCAUAUACCAACGUGACCAAUGCAAAGGAUUGCUUAAUUAAUAAUUCAAAUUAUUUUUUUCCUGGCGAUUUAUUUAAAUGUAACAAAACAAAUGAUAUGAAUAAUCCAAGAAUUGUGGAUGGGAGAUGUAGUUUUUAUUCUGGACAUUCUGCUCUUUCUAUUUAUUUUGCUGUGUUUAUUAUCUUGUAUACACACAUUCGUGUUUUCUCAAAAAGUUUUGGUUCUUUUGCUGCUCCAAUUCUUCCUCUUUUAAUUGUUUUAUAUUCAAUAAUUAUUUCGCUUGGAAGUUUUGUUGCUGUUUCCCGAGUUUUUGAUCAUAAACAUCAUCGUAUGAUAAUUUUUAAAUUUUCUGAAAAUUUUUUGAAAAUUUUUUUUUCAGCAUCCGACGUUGCUGUUGGUUUUUGUGUUGGUGCAGCUAUCGCUAUUUUAUCUGUAUUUUUUCAUAGAAAUUUCUUUUUUUCUGCUAGAGAAAUGAAGAAGAAGGAUGUUGGUAAGAAGAGUAGUAAUAGUGUUGUGGAAGUUAAUAUUAUUUCUGAAAAUACUCGGGUUUAG